CUCGUCCGUUGCUAUGCCGGUUACCUGCCGACCUACUCCGUAGCUAACUACCUAGCUACCUAGCUACUUACCUAGUUGGUUAAAUAGCUAGAUAGCUAGUAGCUAUGUCUGUCUCAAGCUCAACUAUCUAUCUACCUUACAGGCUGACUGCUACUGCUACUGCUAAUGCUACGUACUAUCUACACCAAAUCCAAAUACACAGGGUAAUACAAAACCACCUCCGGGGCACCAACAGCCCCGUGCGCCCUUCCCUUUCGUCAUGGGCAGCGCCAGCAGCCAGCCAGCCGGGUAGCGAUGGAAUUCCGGGGGAUUCUCACCGUUGCCCGGCGCGGUCGCAUUUUGCCCUGGGCCUACCCUGCACACUCGAACCUGGGGGAGCGAGCAGCAGCAGCAGCAGCAGCAGCAGGACCAGGAAUGCGGCAUGUAACCACGUCAGCCAAGCCCCCAACCCGCAACCCCAGCCAUCUGAAUUAGGACCGGGGGGGGGGAGGAACUCACGGAAGGAAUCAGCUAUCGAAUUCUGGGGAAAUCCUCUUGGACUCUGGAGUUCGAUCCGCGGAUUGACACUCAGCAGGUCGGUCUGUCGGUCGGUCGGUCGGUCAGCUGAAGACGUCCGUCGGACGAGCAGAUAGAUAGAUAGUCAGUCAGUU